AUGACUGACGAUCAGCUCAUGGAUAUGUAUGCUUUGACACCAAUCUGCCUACGAGUGGCGCUAUCACUGGCAAACACGAUUGGAACAAUCCCCCGUCGCGUAGAUGAUCCCCGAGUGAUUGCCGAAAAGGAACGGGAAGCAGACGCCGGAUUCCCAAAAUGCACUUGCUCGAAUUGUGACCCAGAAGCUGCUGAGAUGCUAGUUUGUAACUUACCUCGAUUGACAAAGGCGAAUUAUCAGAUGGCUAUGGAGGAUGUAUUCAAAGUUGAUGGGUUUUUGAAACCCAUCGAUAUCGAGGCCGAGAAAGUUGCAGCUCAGGCGGGUAAUGCACCAGCAUUACCUAAAAAAACCUUGUCAAGAAAAAGAAAUGGUCCUUUGGAUACAGCUUUGAAGGAACUCGCUGAUGAAUUGGUUUCCAUUUAUAAGUUGCAUUACAUCAAGAUUUUUGGAGAUGAUGAUUAUUGUGAAAGUGAAGAUUAUUUUGGAAUUGGUGAGGCAAGAACAAUAGUCAAUUCACUUGAUAACAUUAAGCAAUCACAGGACAUCGAGCAGGCUAUGGGUGGGGAUAUAAUUGAAGGAGGUGUCAAGCUUGUUUUUGAAUACCUCGAGGAAUGGAGGAAACAAGACAUUGCAUUACAAUAUUCGCAGAAACAAGCAAAGCUGUUAGAGAUGAAAAGCAAAGCUGAUGACAAGCGUGUGUUAGCAGAUGUCACAAACGUCAAACAAAUUCCGACUGGUCCUGCAGCAGCAACCAAGAAAAAGAGAAGGUCUUCAGCUCAGGUCAAAGCCGAUAAAGAAGCUGCCAUCCUUAAAGCUGAUUUCAAUCGGCGGUGUUUGAAAUGGAUGAAAGAGGAUAAUGUUCCAGCUGAUAAACUUGAUGAAAGAGAGGAGGCUUACCAAAACGAUUUGAAGCAACAGGCCAGUGGAAACGCUCAAGUUGAUUUUUGCGAUACUCGGCUUUAA